AUCAGAUGAGCGUUUUCUGAGCUUCCUCACACUAGUGGUAACUGCAUUACAAGCUGCACACCCAAACAAAGCUGAAUGAAGCACAGCAGACUGACUUUCAAAGGACUUAUUAGGAAACUGAUUCCUGACACGGCCUCGGUGUUCAAUGAAUCCUUUAGGCAGCUUGACUGAACCAACAGAAAAUCAUGAAAUGACAGUUUAAUGCUGUUGUAACGAUUUGCGCUACUGUUAGUGCAAAGUGAUGAAAGCCUUACUCUGAGCACAGCAAGCCAAUGCCUGAGCUCACCACACCAUGCAGAACUACAACUGAAGAACUUCUACAAGGGCAUGUCAGAAUGAAGAUACAGUACAGAAAGGGGUAGGUGGUGUUCCAUUGGAAGUCGGUCUAAAACGACUCUCCUGCUGAAACGGGGAGCUGGUGCUUCACAGCCCCAGCAGCAGGUGCCUUUGGGAUCGUGCUGACCCUAGGGUGCCAGGGCUGACUGCCAUCUGCAGGGGCGCAGGCCUGUCACAGCACUGCUGAGUCUUGCAGGGCCCCGAGUGCAAAACGAGGCGGCUGCAGCACAGAUGGAGCUUCUUUGUAUAACUAAGCUGGUGCACGGGUUACUUGUGUGUUCCCUAAGCAGUGAAUCAGAAGCAUGAGAGGCUUCCGGGACUGACAUUACAUCAUUGGAAGCUGACCCUGGCUGCCCUCUGCACUUGCCAGCUGGGUCUGCUCUCAUCUGGAAAACGUCAAAUCACAACGCCUGUGAGACCGAGCGGUGAACCUGAGGAUCCCUCCAGGGGCUGCAGAGCAGAUGCCUGAAACAGGAUUCAUCGAAUCCUGCCUCCGCUGACGGCUACUUCCCCUUAACUACGACAAAGCACAAAACCCCGUUCCGGCAUCAGAGCAAUUCUUUCCCAAUUCAGUAUUCUCUGGUGGCUGAGCUCACUAGUAUUACUUGCUCUACUUGUUCUCACUGGGAUUUGUUCCUGAAGUAACUUCUCCUCUGCCAAUUAUGGAUAGGCAACAUCAACCCUGUUUUCAUUUUCAGAAAGGUGUGAAUUGGCUUAUCCAGAUUUUAAAUGAUUUGAUAUUUACAACUAUUCAGAGUAAACCUGUAAGCACAGAGCUACCAUUUAUUGAAUGUGGAGAUCCAGAUAAAUAUCAGAGGAUGAAGCAGAUUCCAUCUCCAAGGAUUUUGGCAACACAUCUGAAUUAUGAUUUCCUCCCGAAGUCUAUUUUCAAGAACAAAGCCAAGAUACUAGUGUUGUUUCGAAACCCUAAAGAUACAGCUGUUUCAUUUUUUCAUUUCCACAAGAAUGUGCCAAGUGUCCCCAGUUACAGCUCCUGGGAUGAGUUCUUCUCAGAGUUCAUGAAUGGGAAAGUUGGCUGGGGAUCUUAUUUUGACCAUGCAGUCACCUGGAACAAACACAUUGACGAUGAGAACACUAUGAUUGUAAUGUAUGAAGACCUGAAAGAGAAUCUGGCUUCUGGUGUAAAGCAAAUAGCAGAAUUCUUUGGAUUCUCCCCAGCAACAGAGCAGAUCCAGUCCAUUGCAGACAGGGCUACUUUCCAGGCAGUGAAGAACAAGGCUCAGGAGACUCAUGGUGCUGUUGGCACAGUUCUUUUCCGCAAAGGUGUUGUUGGGGACUGGAAAAAUCUUUUCACUGAAGCUCAGAAUCAGGAAAUGGAUGCCAAAUUCAAAGUAUGCUUAGAAGGAACCAAGCUGGGAGCAAAGCUAAAAUAUGAUGUGUACUGCAAGGCCUGAGCUUCUGUUAAGGAGAAGUCUAACAUCUAGGCUGCAUUUUGUUCACUUUCAUGUAAUCAAAGAGAAAAUAGAACAAUAUCUGAUCUGAAAUUUUAAAAAAUCCGUGUAUUUUGCAAACAUGUUUGUGCUGUCUUGCACAAGCAAUCCUCAUUCUUACAGUUUAUAGUGUCAUUGACUUGACUGAUUUCUCUUGUUUUUUAAAACUGAUUUUUAGCCAUGAUUUUGUGUGAAAUUUAUAUGCAGUAGUUGAACCUGCUGAAAUCACUGGAAAUGUGUUCGGUAAGUUGGAAGUGACCUUCCAUGAGAUUUUUUAAGCCAAUCAUUAGGUGUCUUCUUGAUUUUCAGAUUUGGAAAUGUGUAGUAUUUCGGUUUAAAGAGAAAUUUCAGAAUGUUUUUUUUUUGUUGUUGUUGUUAUCACUUUCUCUGUAAGGUAGAAAGUUUCCACCUCUUUUGGCAUGAAUAUUUUUCAUUGCUUUGGAAUAAAAAACGAUGAAUGUUAGUGGAAGUUCUAACUCUGAGCAAUUGAAGGAAUUGUCCGGGGCAGAAGUUGCUCGUGGAGGUUGGAGUGAGGAUUGAAGAACAAAGUAAGCCAAACACUAAACCAAACCAAAUCAGAAUGAAUUGUUUUAAUACCAAACAAGUGAAGUUGAUGAAGCUUUUCGAACUAAUCCCAAGAUCCGUACAAGUGGAAAAUACAGCUGUGUUCCUUAUGUAUUUGCUUCAGCUGUAAUAGGCCCUACUGGAACAGUAGGUUAAUGUCAUUGCUAAGAAAUAUAUAAAAGGAAAUUCAAAAGAUUCUGAUUGAAGAUGAUGUUGAAAAAGGAAUACCAAUCUCUAGUAAAGCAGGUUGCAUGAAUUGCUUGACCAAUAACAGCCAGUCUACCUGCUUAAACUGCCAUCUUUUUCCAUUUAAGAUUUUUCUGAAGUAUUCCAGGACAGUUAAAGAGAAAAUUCUGUAUCAAGAUGCUAAAUAGACUACUUUUAUGUUUUUACACCUUUAGAUCAGCAAGAUUAUUUAAGCUAAGGUUGCUUAGCCAUAUGAAGUAAUAUUUUAUAGAUGACAUUCUUACAUUAAUAAUCUGCAGCCACUUCUCAGCACAUUCAGUCAGUGAUUACCAGCCAAGAAUGAGCAUUAAAGCAUACUGAAUAUAAGACUGUUGAGUGUGAGGGGCAGCUGAUUUGUUUGCAGCUGUGUGUUUUAGUUUCUGUUCUGUUAAAAAUGAAAGCACAUCUGAAAUCUAAAUGUCAUAUCACUAGAGAAAGAGAGAAUUUUUACCUUCCUCAAACACAUUCAGAAUGGAAAAGCACUGUGAAAUGUUUUCAGACGGUGGCAUUGAAGGUCAAACCCAAUAGCCCAUAGUGUUCACAGCUUUGACAGCAGCUAAACAACAACAAAAAAAAAACACCACAUCCCAACAGAAAAAUUAAACUCCUCAUUGUGGAAAAUCACCACUCAUGUAUUUUAUUCUUUCAGCCAUAUGCAUAGACAACAGUUUUGGUUCUACAUUUUCCAUUUAUAUUUUGUAUUAUAUAUAUGUGUUCCCCUUUAUACUUGUUCUUAUGGAACUUGUAGUAAAACUUUAAGUGGUAUUUUAACACAUUAAAGAAUAUAUUGGAUCAUUUGCCUUUCAAAGAAGAAAAUUUUCACUCCCUGA